AUGCUGUUAGAAUACCCACCGUAUAUAAUAUCACCCAAUGAAGGCAUAGAAGUAAAAAUCCUUAAAGAAUUACAACAUCGUCUCAACAUAACAUUCGAAAUUAAUUAUCAAAAUGAGUCUGCAACCUGGGGAUACAGAGAACUAAAUGGUACCUGGUCAGGAUUGCUAGGCAUGUUAUUUGCAGAUCGUUUCAUGAUUGGAAUUGGAGCUAUUUCUACAAGGAUAGAUCGUUUGCAAGAUUUUCACUGUACGUACAAUUCCCUCUCCGAAAAUAUGUAUUGGGCCGUCCCAGCUGCUCAACGCAUUGAUGAAGGACGACUAAUUUUAAUUAUAUUUACUUGGACUACUUGGAUUGGAUUACUGGUUAUAAUACUGAUAAUAGGUGUUUGCUUAUGGUUAGUGAGUAAUCUGAAGACCGGCAAUCCAAUGACAGAUAGAAGUUUAAAAACAAUAGGGUCCGCAAUUCUGGUACCUGUACAAAUAACUGUUUCAAUUGCAGUUUGGAAGCAGCCACGUCAAGUAGCUAAUCGCAUGCUUUUUAUCUCCUAUGCUUUAUUUAUUAUCAUUGUUGGAUCUUUAUACCAGAGUUCUUUGAUUAAGGUUAUGAGUAAACCACCAUAUAACCAUCAACUUUCAACUUAUGAGGAAAUUUUUGAAAGUUCUUUGCCUAUUGGAGGACUUCCAGAUUUUGGCAAACUUUUUGAGAUAAGUGAACCAAAUUCAAAGUCACUUAUAGAAAACUUUUAUAAUAUAUCCGACAAUGACGAUAUAAUAUAUUGGUGGAAACGCGUUGCAACUGGGGAUGCAAUUUCAAUAGUCGGAGAGUAUUACAUUAAAUUCUAUAUGGGAACUCCAGAUUUAACCAAUCAAGACGGUUCUUCGAAGAUUUACUUACUAAAAGAUGACGUUCUUUUUACGGACACUUACCGAAUUACCUUUUCAAAGAAUUUUGUGUUACGAAAACAGUUUGAUAUUAUUUUCCGAAACUUACAUUCUAAUGGUAUGAUAUAUGCAUGGACAGAUUAUUAUAUCAAAUACUAUAGACAUGAACAUGAGCAAAUACACCAAGAAGUUGCAAAUGACCAGGAACAAUAUAAUAUUGUUCUCACUUUGCGCCAUGUUAAAGGAGCAUUCUUACUACUUAUUUAUGGUAACUUUUUCAGUGCGUCUAUAUUUAUCUUGGAACUUCUAAUGCGAAAUAUUAAGCAUUUGCUUUAA